UUUAGUUUUAAGAAGAACAGUUAAAACGUGAUUUACCACAUUCAGUCCUUUAUUAUCGUAUUUGUGCGCCGAAGAUUUCUGCUCGCUUUCCGUCGAUCAGAGUUUGGUUUGUCCUUCAACACUCGAAUUAUUUCCGCUUUAAACCGCGAAAUAUAAACGAGCAGAUGAUUCUCCGUAAGCUACUACAGUCUGAUGCUCUUCCUGAAAUCCGACGUUUAAACGUUUCAUCUUUUCUUCCGUUAAAACCCAUCUGUCCAUGAAAGGCAUCAUAUGAGCUUCUGAAGAGAGAGAGAGAGAGAUCCCUCCCCUCUGUGUGUGUGUGUGUGUGUGUGUGUGUGUGUGUGUGUGGCUCAGAAUCGCGUGCGAAGAGUUCGGCGUGUCAUUCUGUGGAAUCCGCCACCUGAAACACACUAUAUAACAGCAAACACACACACACACACACACACACACACACACACACUCGAGUCUGCUGCAGCUCAUUCUGCGCUCGAUCAUCACACAGCAGAGCAUCUGUUGGUGAAGAUGAUUCCUCCUGGAGACUGUCUGUACGCUGGGAGGAAGAGGAGGAAACCCGUCCAGAAACACAGAAAACCAGCGGCAGUGACGGAAAAAUCGAACCCGUCAAAGCGGCACCGCGACCGUCUGAACUCUGAGCUGGAGCGACUGGCCAGCCUGCUGCCCUUCUCCCCCGAGAUCAUCUCCAAACUGGACAAACUGUCUGUCCUGCGCCUGAGCGUCAGCUACCUGCGGGUCAAGAGCUUCUUCAGCGCUGCUCAGGAAAACCCUCCUGCUCAGGAAAACCCUCGUGAGAAACACGUGAACGGGAAAGAGUGCGACACGACAGCCAGCGGUGUCCCUGAGAGCCAGCUGCUGCUAGAG